AUGUCAGAAUCAGAGCAAGUUUCGUUAGUGAACAAUAGCACAGAAAUUUUCCCGGAGAAAUUAACCUCUAUGGGUGAUAAAAUAGAAAAUGGUGCUUCAAAUGAUAUUAAGGACAUCCAAGUUACAACCACGAAGAUCGACGAACUCGGAGGCAAAAAGAUCGAGCAGUUCAAGCCUCUGAAUGGUACGAAAGCUCAUGUCUACACGAUGCACGAACUAUUGGAAAUCGGUAAUUCGGUGCCAGACCUGUCUCAUGUGUUGCCAAAUUUGCAUAUCCCAAAGAAAAGUUUCUGGAGACUGACAAACAGACACCCCGAUAUCAGACAGUCUGAGAUGGGUGCUAGUACCGGCAAUGGUCACAAAAACGGAUCUAAUUUCAGAGUACAGGAAUUUGGUGCUGAAAAAAAGAAUCACAGAACAAAAAAUACUCGCAAUGCUAAACGCGGAAGCAAAUUUGCUAAAGGAGACAAGCCUUAUCUAGAAGAAAAAGACGUGCAAGUGAACAAUGAUGAUCUGCUCGCAUUGGAAGAGAAAAUAAAACCCACCGGAAACUCUAUCACAGAUUUCGAGAAUUGGAGGAAAAAAAUGAAGGAAUUGGAAGGUCAAAAAAAGGGGCAUUCGGCGAAUGGUAGCUCCGAUGCGAUUGAAAGACCUACACUCUCCAAUAAUGGAAGUUCCAUCUCUGAUUUUUUCAAUUUAAACAGACAAAGCUCCUCUAAUUUCGAAGAACUCGAACCAGAGCAGGAAUCUUUGGAAAGCGCAAAAACUUCUUCACACUCCCGUUUCUCUUCAUUUUUCAAUACCGGACCCGCAGCUAGCAAAAAUGAGUCGUCCAGCAUGUUGGCUCAACCUCCAACUCCCAAAGAAACCGAAGCCAAGUCUGGUGCUGGGUCGCGUAUUCUGUCUUUCUUCGAUAACAUGGAGGCCACAAAAGGUGCCGCGGAAAAACAACCACAACCUAAUGCAGCAUCAAUUCCAUCUGCACCAACACCACCUGUUCAAGAACAGACGAAUAGCCACUUUUUCCAAGGUCUUUUGAACAGAGGCAAAGUAUCCCCCUCUCCAAAACCCGAUGACAGACGUGCCUCGAACGACAACAUUGCAUCUAAGGCGCGCGCUCCACUACCUUAUUCGCCCUCUGGUGGUGAGCAACCAAAAGCCCAAGACCAUCAAAGAGCUAGAGCACCACCUGGAUUGUCGACGAUGCCAGGAAAUGGGCCUAUAGUUUCCCCUCAAGGACCUUCUGGUUAUCCUAUGGGCAUGUCCAUGAAUAUGUAUUCUCAGACUCCACCGAUGGCUCAACCACCUGCUGGAUUCCAGCAGUUCCAGAUGCCACCACCAGGAGUAGGCAUGCCUCAACCCUUUUUCAAUAAUCAAGGGCAAACUGGCGAAAAGGAUAACAAAGCUAUCCGUCCACCUAACAUGCAACUCCCGUUCAUUCCCGGCCCUCACAACAUACCACCCCCAGGUUUCGCUCCGAUGCACGGAAUGCCUCGACCAAACAUGCCGCAGGACAUGCCUCUAUCAGUGAACAAUAUGAUGCCUCCUCCACCUGGAUUCUUCGGUCAAGGUGCGUCCAUACCUCCUUAUGGAAACCCUCAAAUGGCCCCACAUGCUUUGAACAACGAAGCUCAACAGAGAGGGAUGCGUCUACGCGAAACUAAGUGA